CGACGAUCUAAACAAGUAUCAGCUGUGUAGCAGUCAUUGUUCGUAUCCGUUUUGGCAGGCGUACAAGAAUUCUGUUUUUCUUCGUUUUCUGAUCGUCGGGCAGCAGGUCCGACGGGAUAAACGGCAUACGUAUUAGUCAAGAAGACAAGUGGAAAAAAAGGGGGGAGGCUACGAGUUUUCCGUGCAACGCAACCGUGGCUGCGUGCGUGCUCCAGCCCCAGCCCCACCAACGAUCUUAGAGACAAUAAUCGUGUGAAAAACGGGGCAGUACGCGCAUAAGCCUGGCCUCGAGCAGCGAGUCAGACGACGGUGGACUCGCUCCGCCACCGUGCAAAAGGUCCCGUAGUUCUCUCCCGACUACCCUACGACCAGCGGACGAGCACCACACCGAUCCUGAGAUGGAAAACUAUCGCAUAAUGCAACAGCAGACUUCAAACGGUGGCAUUUCCUCCGGGCUUCAGCAGAAUGGCUCCACAGCUGACUCUGGUGGACCUCAUGCAAAUGGCAACGUGACACCGGAAUCGGAUAAUGACAUCAAUGGUGUUAAUGGGGAAACGAAUCAGAAUUUGGGACCACCGAAAGUAAUGGACAAAACCAAUCAAGAUAUUGUGAGACUCAUUGGACAACAUUUGAAGACAGUUGGACUUAAUCGUACAGCAGACCUUCUUAUGCAAGAAUCAGGUUGUCGCCUAGAUCAUCCUGCUGCUGCAAAAUUUAAACAGCAUGUUAUGGAUGGAGAUUGGACAAAAGCAGAGCAUGACCUUAGUGAACUUAAAACAUUUUUAAAUGGCGCAAAUCAAAGUUUAAUAGAAAUGAAGUUCUUACUAUUAGAACAAAAAUACUUAGAAUUUUUAGAAGAAGGAUUAGUAUUGGAAGCAUUACAUGUUUUACGCAAUGAACUCACACCUUUAGGGCAUAACACAGGUCGUGUCCAUCAGUUAUCUGCAUUUAUGAUGUGCAGUGGACGCGACGAAUUACAGACACGUGCUGGCUGGGAUGGUAAAGGUAUAGUCUCGAGAGCAGCUCUAAUGGACAAACUACAAAAAUAUCUACCACCCUCCAUUAUGUUACCUCCAAGACGCCUUCACUCUCUCUUGUGCCAAGCUGUGGAAAUGCAACAUCAACAGUGUACAUACCAUGUAACACAUACCCAGACAAGCUUAGAAAAUGUCUCGCUGCUUGUGGACCAUAGCUGUAGCAAAGAACAAUUUCCGUGCCAUACUAUACAGGUGCUCAAUAAUCAUUGUGAUGAAGUGUGGUAUUGUAAAUUUUCCCCUGAUGGUCGUAAGCUGGCUACAGGUUCUAAGGACAUGACUGUAAUUAUUUGGGAUGUUGAUCCAGAAACAUUAAAAGUAACACAUAGACAAACAUUAGAAGGUCAUACUUACGGAGUGGCAUUAAUUGCAUGGAGUCCUGAUAGCAGUCUUCUAAUUGCUUGUGGACCUGAAGAUUGUCCAGAGCUUUGGCUUUGGAGCAUCGACCCACCUGACUAUGAUUUACGUGCAACAAUAACUCAACAUACCGAUGACUCACUUACGGCUUGUGCUUGGUAUCCUGAUUCACGUAAAUUUGUAGCAGGAGGACUUCGUGGACAAUUCUAUCAAUUUGAUAUAGAAGGUAAUGUCUCAGAAUCUUGGGAAGGAGUUAGAGUUAAAUGUUUAUGGUGCAAAAAUGACGGAAAAACAGUUCUGGCUGCUGAUUCGCAUCAUCGAAUUCGGGGAUACAAUUUUGACGACUUAUGUGACUUUACAAUAUUACAAGAAGAUCAUCCUCUAAUGUCCUUUAGUGUAAAUAAAGCAGAUCGACUUGCGCUUCUCAAUGUGGCUAAUCAGGGUGUUCACCUUUGGGAUUUACAAGACAGAUGUUUAGUAAGACGUUUUCAAGGUGUUACACAAGGACAUUUCACAAUUCAUAGUUGUUUCGGUGGUGUGAAUCAAGAUUUCAUUGCAUCUGGUAGUGAAGAUACUAAAGUGUAUGUAUGGCAUAUCAAGAGGGAGCUACCUAUAGCAAUUCUAACAGGACAUAGUAGAACAGUAAAUUGUGUGUCAUGGAAUCCCGUGUAUCAUCAAAUGAUGGCUUCUGUAUCAGAUGAUUGCACAGUAAGAAUAUGGGGACCUAGAUCAUCUUCUCCAGAAAAAGUUGAUAGUGACAAGACUGUACCAAUAGAAAGCAACUCCUCAAAUGGUAGUGGAUGGCAUGAAAUGGUAUCGUAGCGAACUACAGUAUAUCAGUGUUCCCAUGACUUCAUGGUGUUCAAAAGACUAUCAUAUUGAUCGUCAUACUGACUCUUUCCUGCC